GUUAUUUUCAUGGAGGAUGCUCGUUAGCCGACAAUGAGGCAGUUUCUCUGAUCUUAAAAUGUCAUUUUGAAACCGUUACAAGUUGUUGGGCAGUGAGCCUAGAGCCAUGCACGUGGUUACUCUAUUAUACAAAGUGCUUUCGGCCUUGUACUUGCCUGAAACACAACGUUUAGAGCAAUGCUAGUGGUUUUGAUAAAAAGGUUAAGUCUUAUGUUAUAUAAAACAACAUGGAAAGACCUUUCAGUCAUCCUACAGGUAUUGAAAAAGAUGGCGGAAAUAAUUACACCACAGGAAGGACUAUGGACGGCUGUGAUAUCGCUAAUAUCGGCGAAAGGGAUCUGAACAACAGCCAGGGAAACGUGACGCCGGCGAUAGAAAUGUUGAGUUUUAAAGACUGUGACGACGAUGAAAGUGAGAUGGAGACGGUUGAAAUAAUUAAUUUGAAUUCUAGUGGACAAGGGCUUGACAUCGAGACAGUGGUUGAAUCAUACUUAGUCGAAGAAGAUGGUGUUCCUGAUACUUCCCUAAUGCUGUCUAGCCACCAGAAACUCCCUUCAAAAAAUUUCUGUGCAGAAAUCAGGGCAGCUAAGGAUGUUGAAACUUUCCUUGAACGACCAACACUACUUCUUGGAUUGCAUGAGACAAGUCUGCAAGGAAUUAUUGAUGCAAUGCUGAAGAAGCUGAUCACUGUAAUUGGUGGAGAAGACAUUGAUUUUGAAGAAGCUAGGCUGUCAUUUUUCACCCAUGACUCUGUUCACUGCUUGGCUAAAAUAAUCCAAGGAACAGAAAUAUCUGAAGGUGGAGGCUGGGAAGAAACUCAGAAUUGGCUCAUUGCACUGGGAGAACUACCAUCUGUGCAGCAGAGCCAUGUGGCCUUUGCACAGCUGAGACAUCCUGUAAACUUGGGAAGAACACUUGAGGAGACUCAUUUGGUUGUCUUGGUGCUUGCUCCUAGUAAAGCUAAAAGCACAAAGAACUCACUGGAAACAGGAAGAACUUUUGCAACAUUAUUGUCUGACAUAGAGACAAGGCAGUUGCUUAUUGAAGCAGAAACAGAGGAGGAAUUUAAGAAAGUACUCUCAGUGCACAAAGAGACGCUUUCUUCUCGAUCAUGGUCAAAACGUAAACCUACCCGAAGGCAAUUUGGUCUCCAUCCAAAGUCCUCCUUUAUCCAUCAAAGAGAUGAUGAAAAGAGAUCAGAGCUGUUCUCAUUUGGAAGGGGGGUCAUACGCGACUUUCGAAGGAGAUGGCCGCAUUAUUUAUCUGACUUUAAAGAUGGAAUAAGAGGUCACAGGACCAUUCCUAAAGUGAUCUCCACGACACUAUUCUUAUACUUUGCCUGUAUUCUGCCAUCUAUUGCAUUUGGUGUUCUCAAUGGCCGCAACACUAAAGGACAAAUUGAUGUUCAGAAAGUAAUCAUUUCACAAUCUGUGGGAGGAAUUUUGUUUGCCCUCUUUGGAGGACAACCUUUAAUUGUUUUACUUACCACAGCUCCACUGGCACUGUAUAUCAAAGUUAUUUACAACAUUGCAGUAGACUUUGAUUUGGAUUUCUUUGCAUUAUAUUCUUGUACUGGUCUUUGGAACUCAUUCUUCUUAUUUGUGUACUCUACAUUUGGUCUUUCCCAGAUAAUGAAGUGGUCAACAAGAUCAACAGAGGAAAUUUUUGCUUUGUUCAUCUCACUUGCAUUUACAGUAGAUGCUAUUAGUAGUAUCAUCAAAGAAUACUCAAAUCCUCACUGUACAAGCUUAAGUUCCUGCUGGAACUCAUCAUCCUGUGUUGUUGGCCAGGCAAUUGCUGAUAACUUCACUCAUGAUCAGGUCCCAGAUGUAUCUGUUUGUAGCAGAGAGGGAGGUCUCUCCUAUGCUGUUAUAAGCUUAGGAACAGUUUGGAUUGGUGUAGCACUGUACAAUUUUCGUAAGAGCCCAUUUCUUGAUGCUGGAAAGAGAGAGGCAUUGGCUGAUUAUGCACUUGUGGUGGCUGUACUUGUCAUGUCUUUUAUUGCUUCAUAUUUUGUACGAGAUAUUGAUAAUUACAAGUUUGAAUCAAGUGGUACAUUUUCAUUUACUGUUGCUCCCUUACACAAGCUCACUUGGGGUGCAGUGUUUGCUGGACUUGGGUUAGGGUUCUCCCUUUCUCUGUUGUUUUUCAUGGAUCAGAAUAUUUCAAGUGCCAUGGUCAACAAUCCUGGAAACAGAUUAAAGAAGGGUAGUGCAUACCAUUGGGAUUUACUUGUUGUGGCUGUAGUCAAUGGCUUUCUAUCAAUUUUUGGCCUGCCAUGGGUACAUGCUGCACUUCCUCAUUCACCAUUCCAUGUCAGGGCAUUGGCAGAUGUUGAAGAGCGAGUGGAUAGAGGACAUGUGUUUGAAAUUAUUGUUAAAGUUAGAGAGACAAGACUGACUGGGUUUCUCUCAAGCUCUCUCAUUGCAUUAUCACUGUUGAUGUUACCCAUUCCUCUCACACUGAUCCCCACACCUGUCCUUGAUGGCCUGUUUCUUUUUAUGGCCGUGACCUCCUUAUAUGGUAACCAGAUGUUUGAAAGAGCCUUGCUGUUGGUCACAGAACAGGCUGCCUACCCACCAAACCACUACAUUCGGCAUGUGCCUCAGAGAAAAAUGCACUUGUACACUGCUCUGCAGUUCUUACAGCUUGGUGUUUUAUGUGGAUUUGGAUUUGCCCCAUUGCCAUAUCUUAAGAUGGUGUUUCCUGUUCUUCUCAUGUUUAUAUUGCCCAUCAGGCAUCUUCUUGUUCCCAAACUGAUCUCUUCAGAGUAUCUUGAGGCUUUAGAUGCUCACUUGUAGUGAGUAAAUUAUUUAAUCUUUUAAAUACAAAGAGACAAAUCAGGAUAGUUCUUCAAGCCUGUGAAUGUAGAUCUAAAGUAUGUCUACAAAUAGAGGUUGGAUGUUAUAGAAUCUUUUUAAAAAGUUAACUUCUUAAGAGCUACACUUAUAGAACCACUCAUAGCUUAGCCUGUGUUAACAAUUAUAA